CAUUUGACAAUAUCAAAAUUCUGACAUUUCAGCGACUUCAGUGGAAGUCCUGAGUUACAACAAAUAAAAUAUUAAAAGAAAAUGUCUCUAGCUAAAUUAUUUUCGGUUUCAGCGCGAGUUCGCGCAACCGGAUCAAACAGCUUGUUAUUACGCUGUGCCCAAUAUAGUUCAUCUAAUCAGGAGGGCAAAGAACAAAAGGUUUAUCCGCCAAACAUGCCAGGAUAUAUGUAUGUUAAUCCUCACGAUGCAGACAUGUCUAUUAAGGAAAUGUCUGACAGAGCCGCUCAAACUGUAUUUUGGACAGAAUUGGCUCGUGGUAUGGCUGUUACUCUAGCUCAUUUAUUCAAGGAGCCAGCAACUAUUAACUAUCCAUUUGAGAAGGGGCCCUUGUCACCAAGAUUCCGUGGUGAACAUGCUCUUCGUCGGUACCCAUCUGGUGAGGAGAGGUGCAUCGCUUGCAAACUUUGUGAGGCUAUUUGUCCUGCUCAAGCAAUAACCAUUGAAGCUGAGGAACGCAAGGAUGGCUCACGACGAACAACUCGUUACGAUAUUGAUAUGACCAAAUGCAUCUACUGUGGUUUCUGUCAGGAAGCAUGCCCAGUUGAUGCUAUCGUAGAAGGCCCCAACUUUGAGUACUCAACAGAAACUCACGAAGAACUUCUUUACAACAAGGAGAAGUUACUGUUGAACGGUGACAAGUGGGAGAGUGAAAUAGCAACCAAUAUCAGAGCUGACCAUCUCUACCGUUGAUUCUUCAUUCUGUUAGUGUAAAUAAUGUUUUAGUACCUAUAUUGAAACAGAUAAUUUUUCUUGGUAGUGUCAUAGUGUACCAAUAUGAAAUUUUCUUAACUAUUAAAAGUGUUUUAUUAAAUUAAAAAAAAACCGAUUUUUUUAUUUUUUAUAUAAACUCUGUGUGUUUAAGUUGAAUUUUCCAAAAUAAUAAAUUUCAUACUAUAAGAUAUUUGUUUCAAGAUAGGUCCUAAAACUAGAUUGUAUAGAAU